AGUGUCAGGUCAGGACCACAGGAGUGUCAUUAACGCGUGUUGACCAGACUUUAAGAGUUGGAGUUGGAGGCCGACAAUAUUGUCCGCAGAUUGGGUUAAGACUCGGGGAAGGAAUAAAAGUUCAAAAUAAAAACAAAACAAACAAAAAAAAUAAUACCGUGGUUUCUGUGGAGGAGAAACAGAAAAUUCUGGCCAAUAAGGCGGUACUAGUAGAUCACAAGCAAAUAAAAUAAAAAUUAAUAUAAAUAUAUAUUUUUUAAUUUAAAUCUCUUGCAUUAAAUGAGCAACAAUACACGUAUCGAAUCGUAUCGUGACAUACAGCUACAGCUAUGACAUCAUCAUAUCAUAUAUAUAUAUAUGUAAAAUGUAUAUUCAGUUCAUUUGAGUAAAUAUAUAUUUAACAUUAUCAACCUAGGUGCACACAAAAAUAUCAAUUAAUCGAUCAAUCAAUCGAUAAUGUUGGCGGUUCGUGUUGGUGCAGCGCUGCGUCACUCCUUCCCCCGUCUCAGUUUAUUUGGACUGGGGCAAAAAAAAAAAGAAAAAAAAGAUGCUUAAGAAGCAUAAAUGAGGCGGUCAUAGAAGUUGUGAUGAUACUCCGCGGCCCUCGUGUCUGUUCAAAGAGCUCUCAAAGUUUCCAGAAAGAGUGGAAUUCCCUCCUGACGCAGAAAAUAUCCCAGUGUUCUCAGAUCAGCUGCUGAGCAGAAACACGGCAGCCACAGAUCAGUCACCUGUGCAGAAAAGACAGCAUCACAACACACGUCUCAUGUAGUUUUUAUUAUUUUUUUAUUUCUUUGUUUCUUUUCUUUUUUAUCUAAUUUAAUUUAUUAUCCCGUUCAAUAAAAGGAGCCGGGGUCUUUUCAUUAACUGUUUCCCCCCCUAAAAAUGUCAAUGACUAUUGUUUGCUGCUUUAGGAGUUUCGCUCCGCCCACCGUGUUUGUCGUAAACCUGGCUCCUGGCUCCAAUAAACCCGGGCUAAGAGCGCCCUGGGCUCGCCUCCUUCUCCAAGGCGAUCAAUAGGAUCUCAGGCGCACUACAAGCACUCUCUUACGUAGACAUCCACCAAGGAGAGAGCCGAUACAACAACACGGUUGAUCUGCUCCAACACAGAAAUCUACCUGCUUUCUGAAUCAUGUCGUUGAGCCCAAAGCACACAACGCCUUUUUCAGUCACAGAUAUUUUGAGUCCAAUCGAGGAGACCUACAAGAAGUUCAGUGCAAUGGACGGCGCAGGGAACCUAGCCUCUCCGCUGGGAGCCUACCGACAGCCUCAGGUGUCUCAGACCGGCAUGCAACAGCACUCCAUGGGCCACAACGCCGGCGUGGCCGCCACCUACCACAUGCCGCACACCGUCUCCCAGUUCUCCCACAGCGCCAUGGGGGGAUACUGCAACGGAGGCAUAGGCAACAUGGGCGACCUGCCGUCGUACCAGGAGAGCAUGAGGACCAGUGCAGCAGCUGCAGCCACGGGCUGGUACAGCACCAACCCUGACCCGAGAUACUCCACCAGUAUGAACAUGAGCGGCAUGGGGGGUCUCACGGGGAUGGCGGACGCCACCAAAUCCAUGCCAACCCUCCACGCGGCGCCCAGGAGGAAACGGCGCGUCCUGUUCUCCCAGGCGCAAGUCUACGAGCUGGAGAGGAGGUUCAAGCAGCAGAAGUACCUGUCCGCGCCGGAGAGGGAGCACCUGGCCAGCAUGAUCCACCUGACCCCGACCCAGGUCAAGAUCUGGUUCCAGAACCACCGCUACAAGAUGAAGCGCCAGGCCAAGGACAAGGCGGCGCAGCAGCUGCAGCAGCAGCAGCAGCAGCAGCAACAGGACGGCAACCUGUGCCAGCAGCAGCAGGCGCAGUCACCGCGGCGCGUGGCCGUGCCAGUUCUGGUGAAGGACGGUAAACCGUGCCAGAACGGCUCCAACACGCCGACGCCCAACCAGCAGCAGCAGCAGCAGCAGCAGCAGGUCCAACCGGGCCAGCAGCAGCAGCAGGGAGCGGGAGUGGUGCUGGCGUCCUCCGCCGGCUCCCUGGUGCAGCACCAGAGCCAGCAGCACGUGAACGCUUUGGACCUGGAGGAGAUGUCGCCCAGUCCGCCGUCACUGCACAGCCAGCUGAACAUGGCCCAGAUAGACACGUCUGCUGUAGACUACACCAGUAACAUGGUCAGCUCUAACCUCCUGUACGGCAGAACGUGGUAGGACCUAAAGACGGUACCGAGUACUGUCAACUUUUUCAUUUUGAUUUUUUUUUUUUUUUUUUUUUGUAUGCCAACCUGCGGAUGAGCCCAUGCAAACACAU